CUUUUCAAUCGGUUGCGUCGUCGGGUCAUCUGGGAAGACGCGUGCGCUCCGCGCAUUUCGGCAGCAGCUCAACAGCAGAUGUAAUCGAGAUGAUACGUGUGUCGCGUUCAUCAACCGAGCGGAAGCGCAAAGUAGUAUUGCGAAACAAGUGGGAAGUGGAGACACAACAUCCGCCUCGGUCCGUUUCGACCCCGACAAAGCUGUAAUCUCUCAU